AUGGGGGAACCUGAGGAGGUAGUGCCCGAUUCGGGUGCUGUGUUUACAUUUGGAAAAACAAAGUUUGCUGAAAAUACUCCCAGCAAAUUCUGGUUCAAAAAUGAUAUACCUACAUAUCUUGCAUGUGGAGAUGAACAUACUGCUGUUAUUACCGGAAAUAAAAAACUUUACAUGUUUGGCAGUAACAACUGGGGCCAGUUAGGAUUAGGAUCAAAGUCAACGGUUUGCAAACCAACAUGUGUCAAAGCUUUAAAACCUGAAAAGGUGAAACAUGUUGCCUGUGGACGGAACCACACCCUAGUUUCAACAGAAGGAGGCAAAGUAUAUGCAGUUGGAGGAAAUAAUGAAGGCCAGCUAGGACUUGGUGACACUGAAGAUAGAAACACUUUUCAUCUAAUUGAAUUUUUUACAUCCCAGCAUCAUUUUAAGCAGUUGUCUGCUGGAUCUAACACUUCAGCUGCACUAACUGAGGAUGGAAAACUUUUUAUGUGGGGAGAAAAUUCUGAAGGGCAGAUUGGCUUAAAUAAUACAUGUAAUGUGUAUUUUCCUCAUGAAGUGACCAUUGGGAAACCUAUUGCCUGGAUCUCUUGUGGAUAUUACCAUUCAGCUUUUGUAACAAUGGAGGGAGAACUGUAUACAUUUGGAGAACCUGAGUAUGGAAAGUUAGGUCUUCCCAAACAGCUACUGAUGAAUCACAAAGUGCCCCAACUGGUGCCUGGAAUUCCUGAGAAGGUGAUCCAAGUAGCUUGUGGUGGAGGACACACAGUGGUUCUCACAGAGAAAGCUGUGUACACCUUUGGUCUGGGACAAUUUGGUCAACUGGGUCUUGGCACUUUUGUCUUUGAAACUGCAGAACCCAAAAUCAUUAAAUCUGUUAAGGACCACAAAAUAACUUCUAUUGCCUGUGGAGAAAAUCACACAGCUUUGAUAACAGAUAUAGGCCGUAUGUAUACUUUUGGAGAUGGUCGAUAUGGGAAAUUAGGACUUGGAAUGGAGAAUUUUACCAAUCAGUUUGUUCCUACUUUGUGCCCUAAUUUUUUGAGAUUUAAAGUUUAUUUGGUUGCCUGUGGUGGAUGUCACAUGGUAGUGUUUGCUACUCCACGACCUGUUAUAGAAAAAAUUGCACUUAGGGAAAUUUGUGAUUCUCGCAGACCUGCAGCAGCUUCUCGGUCCAUCAGCGACCUGACCUCAGGAAACAUACUGCAUAGAAGUUUAUCAGCACGUGUGCGUCGAAGAGAGAGGGAGAAAUCCCCAGAUUCUCUUCAAAUGACUCAAAUACUACCUCCAAUUAAAGGGACUCCUGGGUCACCUGUUUGUUUCUCCCCAAGUUUAGUUCCUUUCUGCAUAUUUACAAAUAAUCUGUCAGGAAAAAUGACUGAAAAGGAGGACUUCAUGAAGCCCAUGGAAUCAGAUUAUUUUCAAGAUAAAAUGACCAAAGUGAAGGAUAUAGACAGCUCAUCAGUGGAUUCAAAAAGCCUUGGAGAAACUACUGAUGUAUUAAAUAUGACACAUAUGAUGAGCCUAAAUUCCAAUGAAAAGUCUUUAAAAUUAUCACCAAUUCAAAAACAAAAGAAACAAGAAUCAGUUGAGAAAUUGAAGCAGCAAACAGCUCAUACUGAAAGUGAUGAUAGUGAUGAAUAUGAAAGUGAAGAGAUGUCUCAAAAAAUGAAAGAAGGAAAAGCAUAUAAACAGAUUUUGGCUAAAGGAACAUUCAUGGUACCAACAACUGAGAAGCUGGAAGCAUGUUCAGAUAAGAAUGUAGAAAUUCCAGAGGAAGAGGAAGGAGCAGAGGAUUUAGAAGGAAGUGGAAUACAGGAGCAAGAGGUAGAGGGAAAUGUGGAGAUGCCUGGAGGAAAGGUGGAGGAGGAGGAGGAGGGAGCAGAAAUCCUAUCAGAUGACCUUACAGACAGCGCAGAGAAUCGCACACUUCCAGAAGACAAGGCAGAGGAUAUUAAUAAACAUUUGGAAGACAAGAAGAAAACUGUGGGAGACAAUAAAAAUCUUCUUGUAGAUUACCUCAGUGACACCAGCGACAAUUCAAAUGACAAAAAAAACAACCAAGAGGAACCGGCCAUUUCUGAAUACAAUGAAAAUCCAAAAGGAAACAUAUGUGAGCUUACAAAGAGCAGAUCUGCAGAAAUCCUGGAGGAUAGUAAAUCCACACCGGGUAAAGACAGGAAAGUAUCGAAGAAGACUUACCUUUUUAAAAGACUGUCACUGAUGAGUAUGAAAAGUAUGCCGAAUAAUAAUGAGCCACUUCCAGAAAUAAAACCACUAGGAGAUCAAAUAGCUUUUAAAAGCAAUAAGAAGGAUUUCAAACAGAACCACAUUGGGCAAAAUAAUCAGGAUACGUCACCCCCAAAUACUGAGAAAACAUCAAAAUCCUGUGUAAUACUUUAA